AGUAGCGAAAAAAAAGUUCUGUAUACACUGGUGGAACAGCCUUUCCAGAAAGCCACCAUGAAACACAGAUAGGGCGUUUGCCGUAAAAAAACAAUAACAGAUUUCGCUACGCUUACGAAAAAAAGCGGCUGUUACGCUGAGAAGCACCUCUGCGUUUUGUUCAGAUGCUGUCUUGAUUCGGAGCUGACAAGCGAACAGUCAUGAACGAGAAUUUCGACCGAGCCCCCGGUGCAGGCAGAACCCGUAAUGUGACAGCAGAGCCCGGGGUCGCUGGUAUCUCCGCGGGUGAUGACAGCAACGGCAUGCUCUUCAGCCAAAGGGAGCCGCUGAGACAGCCGCGAACCUCCCCGCCGUACGCGGAGAACAACGCGGCCACCGACGCGGCUGGUGGAGAUUAUAAAAGACAAAACAGACCCCAACAGAGCGCAGAAGCCAACAGCACGUCUGCCUACAGAGUGAGCAAUGGUGGGGAGGCCGUGGCCAAGUCAUCAAGUCUUUCAGCCAGUGCUCCAGAAUUUGUCCCCACCGGAUUUUCAUUGUAUGAAGACCCUCAGUACGAGGAUGCAGCCUAUUAUUAUGGUGAAGAAACUUUGGCUGAUACAGUAAAAGAUUUUCUUGGCUACCUGAGCUCCUCACCAGGAUCCUUUGAAACAGAUAUUGAAAACAUCACUGGCAUGCUGAAUUCCUGGGUUACUACUGAGGAUUUACUGGAGGAGUUGGUGGACCUGAUUUUCACACAGUCCACUGCAAUUCCAAAUUUUUCUUACACGGGCGCCAGACUCUGUAACUACCUGUCGCAUCACCUCACCCCCCCGAGUGGCAACUUUCGUCAAAUGCUCUUGAAAAGAUGUCAUACAGAAUUUGAAAAAAAGGAUUCAGCUGUUAAAGGAGACCCAGAGACCCAGAAGAAAUUCCACUCCUUCGUGUUGUUUCUGGGAGAGCUUUAUCUUAAUCUAGAGGUAAAGAGUGGUAAAGGGCCUCCAGCUAGAGCAGACAUCCUUCUUCGUGGUCUGUGUGAUCUGAUGAAAAGUUUGUUCUCCAAUCCUGAGGAUGCAAACCUGAUCUGUGCUGUCAAACUGCUUAAGCUAACAGGCUCUGUUCUGGAUGAUACGUGGAAAGAAAAGGGACAAUCCCAUAUGGAAGAUUUGAUGAAAAACAUUGAUACUAUUCUACUAGAUGCCACCGGCAGCAGGUAUGCCAGACAGAUGCUUCUCAAUCUACUAAAGCUGAGAUCCAGUGACUGGGGCAGAGUCCAUGCUGCUGCUGCAGCCAGCAAUGCCACACCAGACACCGAUCCCAACUACUUCAUGAAUGAACCUACAUUUUACACAGAAGACGGCACACCAUUUACAGCAGCAGACCCAGAAUAUGCUGAGAAAUACCAAGAGAUCCUGGACAAGGAGGAUUAUUUCCAUGAUAUUGAUGGAGAUGACUUGUUAGACUUUGAUGAGGAUGAGAUGGAGCCUGAAAUAGAGGAAGCGUUCGAAAAAUUUUGUUUUGAAUCAGAAAGAAAAAGACAGCAAUGACACAAGUGUGAAACUCCCUUUAUUUUAAUCACAAGCAUUUUAACAGAAAAAGCUGUUCAUAGUUGCACUUCUGACACUUUUCUCAGUCAGUGUUGCUUGGAAAGUGGGGACAAUCAAUGGGACAGUGGUUUGAAAUUGUAAGGCAUUAGAAAUUCAUGGAAAUGGUUGGUUUCAUUGUUUUAAAAAGUUUCUUUAGAAAUUCAUUUCCUUCACACCUAAACUAAAUGCCAAGAGAAAAUUGCGUGCUGUGGAUUUGUUAGUUAUUUUUCUGAGUUGCCGAUAUGUUUCAUCUGAUGUUUUCAUCUAACUAUAGGCCAGAGCACCUAAAUCAUUAUCAGAGCGGUAUUGUUCACACUUUAAAUGCAGGUGUGCAACACCGAUCCAGCUGUUCUCUCAAUACUGUGUCUCCUGUUAGACUGUUGUUUUUGAAGGGUGUUUAUCAGUUGGUCUGGCUGAAGGUGAAUGUUUAAAACUCGGAAAAUGCAUUACAGCACCAACACAAACAAACUGGAAAAUAGACAGAAGUUAAAGCUGCACUACUGUAUGUCACAUAUUAUCUAAAAUCUUUAUAUAUAUUUUAGAAAUGUUUCUAUAACUCAUCAGCAACAGCCUAAAACAACCAGUCAGAAAUUAUUUCUGCUUUAAUAGUUUUUUUUUUCAGUUUAAAGAGUAUUCCUCUUAAUUUUAAUUUCCUGAGACUGGGAGGAGGUGGGAAGUGAUCUUGUGCUGUGUUUCAAAGGAGUGACUGAAAUUCCUGAGGAUGCAGUGCAUCUAAAACUCUUUUGUAGCUUUAAACAUUGUCACUAUAGAUCUCAUAGUGUGCAGCAAAAAGGAUUCAUUGUUAUGGCAAGACUGAAAACUGUUAACCAGCAAUCUAUGAGACCUAUAUGAAGCAAUGUUGUUUCAUAAUUUGUAAAUAUAAGUUAGCAUUGUUUGCCUGCAAUAAAUUCUUUAUAAUGUGAGAA